CGAAGCUCGAGCUCGACAACAUCAAAUCGUGACUGUCAAGCUUCAACAGGAUACCAGCAACGAUGCGUCUUUCAGUCGUUGCACUAGCAGCAGCCGCUGUCUCUGUUGAGGCGUUUAAGGAUACCUCCCCUUUCAUCCUAUUCUCGAAUUCUCCGUUACCAGCGAAUUUCCAGGAUGUCUCGACGAGUCAAUUACAAUCGAAGGCGCAGGUGAUGGGAUCGGCGAAGAAGUUUUUGUCCAGCUGCCCUUCGCAGAUUUACUAUGUCGUUUCGCAACCAGGUGUCUCAUUCAACGAUUUGUCUUCUUCAGCACCACAUCUCAAGAAUGCUCUCUCGAACCCCGGAGUCCACUCCAGAUUUACAGUCAGUGAGGCUGUAGGCUUGAAUGCUACGGAUGCGGAUGAUUUGGAAGCGUACAUUCAGAGCCACUGUGGUGCGGCGAAAGCAGAUGUCUCUGAUGUUAAAUCUGCUCUCAGCCAGAGAACUGGCACACAAGCAUCCAGCGUCAUUGUGAGGGAGAAGUACGCUGCUAUUCCGAGCGAUGUAGUAGGUAGGGCAGCUAUGGUUGUCGAUGCUGAUUCGUCACUCUACCCUGUUCUCAACGAGCUACCUAAGGGAUACAAAUACACUUUCAUCUAUACCACCUCUCCAGCACUUGCCCAAGAAUCCGAUCACUCCGAGACGAUCCGAUAUGAAGCAGCAUUCGACGAGGUACUGCACAUGGAUCUGAAGCGAAACCUUCAAGCUCGCAAGGAUAACACUACAGUCGCCGACAGCAGACCACUUUUUGAGAAGUAUCAGUUCUUUAACCCAGGACUAUUCAUGGGCCUUCUCGUUGGUCUCCUCCUCAUCUCUAUCCUCGGCGUUGGUAUGAGUGCAUUGGGUAGCUUACAAGUUUCGUAUGGAGCUUUCGACAAGGAGAUGGGACCAGCUGCCCAAAAGAAGCAACAGUAGAUGGCAUGAAUUUGGUAGGGGAGGUGGGAUUGGGAUUGGGAAAUGCAUCACAACGAGCAGUGGCUGGUAUGGAGUUCAUUGUAUGAGAAGUUCAAGUGUAUAAAGUCCGGGGUUCUUCCUUUAUGGUUUACAUUACACUGUAAUGGGGUUCGGGAAUACAUCACGGACAUAGAUUUAGCAUGAUAUCAAAGCUUUUGAUC